GCCCCUGUCGCUAUGGCUACGAGUAAAUAUGGCGGAAGAAGGCGCGGGCCGGCGCGGGGAGCGGGCCGAGGAAGGGCCGGCCGAGCGCGGCCCCGGCGCGGCUUUUCACAUGUUCGUGCUCAUGGAGGACCUGCUGGACAAGCUAAAGCUGCUGAACUACGAGGAGGAGGUGCUGCGGCGCCACAACAUGCGGCCUCUCUCCAGGCACUACUUUGCGCUACCCACCAAUCCCGGCGAGCAGUUCUUCAUGUUCUGCACGCUGGCCGCCUGGCUGAUCAGCAAAGCGGGACAUCGCUUCGAGCAACCGCAGGAGAGCGACGACCCCAACGCGGUGAUUUCAAACGUGCUCUCGGAGCUGCGGUCCUUGGGAAGGACUGUGGAUUUUCCUCCCUCAAAAUUAAAGACAGGCUGCGGAGAGCAAGUGUGCUAUGUCCUUGAUUGUUUAGCUGAAGAAGCCUUGAAGUACAUUGGGUUUAGCUGGAAAAGGCCAGCAUACCCAACAGAAGAGCCAGAAGAAGAAGAAAUAACAGAAGAUGAUGCAGAAUUAACACUUAGUAGAUUGGAAGAGGAUGUUGCAGAAGAAGAGUCAGACAAUGAAGAAAAUUAUAUUGACCUGGAUGUUUUAAAGGCACAGACGUACAGAUCAAACAUGAAUGACACUCCAAAGCAAGAAGAGAUUUUACAAUCCACAACAGAUGUAGCAGAGUGGAAUCUGGAAGUGGAACGUGUGCUUCCACAGCUGAAAGUCACGGUCAGGACUGACAAUAAGGAUUGGAGGAUUCAUGUAGAUCAAAUGCAUCAGCAUAAGGAUGGAAUUGAUUCUUCUUUGAAAGAAACUAGGGGUUACCUUGACAAACUCCAUAAUGAAAUCAGCAGAACACUGGAAAAGAUCAACAGCAGGGAAAAGUACAUCAACAAUCAGUUGGAGCACUUGGUUCAAGAAUACCGUUCAGCACAAGCCUUGCUGAGUGAGGCUAAAGAGAAGUACCAGGAGGGAAGUGGAGGAGUAACUGAAAGGAUUAGAGUGCUUUCUGAGGUUACAGAAGCAUUAGAGAAAGUAAAGCAGGAAACAGAAGAGAAAGGAAGCAGUAUGACUGAUGGUGCUCCUCUUGUGAAGAUUAAACAGGCCUUAACAAAAUUGAGGCAAGAAACCAUUCAGAUGGACAUACAGAUUGGUGUGAUGGAACACACAUUGCUCCAGUCAAAGCUGAAAGAGAAAUCCAAUAUGACUAGAGAUAUACAUGCAACAGUGAUUCCAGAAGCCACAGUAGGUGCCUAUUAAAAUUGGUUGGAUCUGACUCGGUUUGCCAAAAAUGCAGUUUUCUACCGUUUGCUUUUUUUGUGAGCUCAGAGGAUUUGCUUUUGUUGGAGUAGGAGGAUUGUUUUUCCUGUUCCUUUUGAACAAGAUGCUUGUUAAAAGAUGCACUUUUUAAGAAGUAACAUGCACACUUCAGACUCAAGAGGGAGCCAUGCUUAGUUUUGUGCUGUAAAGAUUUACUGCAUAUUUCUUCCAAAUACAUGAAAUAAAUUCUUCUUAGUGAA